UACAAAUCGUUAUCAAAAAUUGAGUCGGUGGAUGGUUUGCCGGCCGUUUCUUGUCCGUGGGGCAAAGUUACUUGCCCGAGAGUAAAAUGUACUUGUCCCAGACAAGCGGACGGUUUUUUUUUUUAGCCCUGCGCUUGCUAUCAAACUGUCUGGAAUAUAAGUUCAAACGUUCAAAUGUUCAGAUUUUAGUAUUUGUGUAAUGUAUGUGGCAAAACACUUGCACAAACAGCACUUCAGAAUAUAACACAUCCUACGCGUUACUCUGCAUGACUUGUGAUGAGACAAAAGGGAAACAAGGAAACCAGGUCACGUGACAUGUCGUAGAAAGCUCAUCCUAACUAAUCCUGCUCGAAUCUUAGUUCAAAUCCUGGCUCGAAUCCUGGCUCGAAUCCUGGCCCGAAUCCUGGCUUGAAUCCUGGCUCGGAUCCUGGCUCGGAUCCUGGCUCGGAUUUUGACUCGAAGCUUAGGUAUCCUCAGCCUCUAUAACAGUUUGCCGGCGCCGGUUACGUCUGAUAAGAAUCUUACUCAAAGUUUUAAAUACUUCAAAAUGUUAUUCCUUGCUGCAAUAUAACUUUUUUAACAACUAUUUAGAAAAAUUUAGAAAACAUUUCGAUCAACCAGCUUACCUAACCAACGCACCAAAAUGGAUUUAGAUAUCUAAUGAUAUAAGCAAAUAUGAAGUUACUCUUACGUCAGAACAUUUCAAAAAUGGGUCAAAACAAUGGCGGAAACCCGUCAAAUAUUCAGUUUCUUGUUACGUUUACAUUUCCAAUUAGAUCCGCGUCGCAAAGCUUGCGUAGGUUCGACAACACGAACACUGCUUACUCCAAAAAAACUGUUAUUGAGGUAUAUAUAUGGUAGCUCCUAUGGGAAUUACACACAUGCACAUCAUCAAAACAACUAGUAGAUAUCCAUGGCGUCUCCUAAACAUUUCAGAACUGGAGAAGAAAUAUUAACUUUAAAUAUUAAAUUCCGCAAAUAGAUAAAAGAGAUUAAUUUCUAGAGUAGUUUUCCUAAUAUUUCCUUUCGAGUCCAAAGAAAUAUGAAAGCAAGAUGUCUAGAUAUUUAGGCAAGACAGGAAGAAGUUCCUUAAUUAAGAAUCUCUAACUGUUUCAAGCUGUGAAUUACAUUAGAUUCUUCAGAAAUUAUGGCUUUUCAUCUCACCAUCAUUAUAUGCGCAUGUAUAUACGGCCGAUGAGGAAUUGAACGUAAAUUACGCCGACUUGUUUGUCACCCGGGGCAACAGGAAAGGGAAGUUGAAAGCACGUAAAUAUGAUCAAAAUCACCUGCUGGGCUAGUUCAUAUUUUCCUAUUAUUCAGCAGGUUUCCAAAUAUGAGAAAAAGAUAUUACGGGAGGCAUAAAAUUAGGUGGUCGCAGAAGCCGCUAUUUCAGUUCGGUGCAGAAACGUUUUGUAGAGAAUAUGCUGUUUCAAAGUUCAGACAGCUGUGAAAGUAGCUUCAGAUAGUUUUACGGCUACGUGAUGGCGACCGUCGCAACAGAAAACUUUGCUGAGUGUUCGCCAACUAACAGUUCUCGAAUACACGGUCAUUUGAUAUUUCUCUCAGCUUCAAACAUUUUUCUGUCCCUUACUGCAUUUCUAGGGAAUACUCUGAUCCUAACUGCUCUUCGUGGAGAGUCGUCCCUUCAUCCGCCAACCAAACUCUUGUUUCGUAGCCUUGCGACGACUGAUCUCUGUGUUGGUCUUGUUACGGAGCCUCUCGACGUCUCCGCCUGGAUGUCUAUGAUGAAUAAACGAUGGAAUGUUUGCCGCUACUCAUCAGACGCAACGUUUAUAGCAGGCUCUGUUUUGUGUGGAGUGUCCCUGUUGUCGGUGACCGCAGUAAGCGUGGACAGACUCCUUGCCCUUUCAUUGGGUCUGAGAUACAGACAAGUUGUAGCUUUAAAGCGAACAUAUCUAGUUGUAAUUACCUUCUGGGUUGUCUCCAUUUUCUAUGCAACAUCGUGGUUUUGGAAUAGACUGAUAUUCACAUGGCUCAAAACCAUUGUUAUCUUACUAUGCCUCACAGCGUCAAUAGUCUCUUACACAAAGAUCUUCUUUUGCCUUCGUCAUCAGCAAACACAAAUACAAGGCCAUGUUCCUCAAGAGCAACAACGAAAUGCAAUUCCUCUGAACAUUUUGCGAUACAAGAAAGCGGUAUCCAGUGCAAUAUGGGUGCAGCUGACUCUAGUUGCGUGUUAUUUACCGUAUGGCAUUGUUAGUAUUCUUUACUCAAAGAGUCAAAUAUCUUCAUCUUCGUUUGUCGCUAGCCAAUAUGCAGCUACUUUAAUUUACCUAAACUCGUCAUUAAACCCAAUUCUUUAUUGUUGGAAGAUAAGAGAGGUGAGACAAGCUGUGAAGGACACAAUUCGACAGUUUUUAUUGUUGUUCAUCAAGCUAUGAAACUAUGGUUUUACCACUUAGCUUUGGGCUUUAACUUUGAUGUCAUUAAGUAGUCUUGAAUCGAGGGUUCUUACUUGAUUGCAAUGUUAAAUAAGGAGAUAAAAACCUGCAUGUAAUUAAAUGAGCUUAGGUAAAGAGUCGAGGAGAAUUAUAAAGAUAGUCACAAUUUUAUACAGAUUGCAUUCCCCCAUCAGUGGUUUUAAAGAACUAAAAAAAAGUGGAAAAAGCUGUUUAAAAAGCCAGAUAAGAUAUACGAUUACAUGAAAUACGAAUACCCUUGUACAAGAAUUAAAAUGCAUAAUAUUGUAUUCUUCUUUCACUUGGUCACUUCCAUUUUAAGGCAAUGUUUCAGUGAAAACAUCCUGGUUGGUGCGACGAAGUACAUCGCAGAAGUGAAAAAACAAAUUAUGCCGAUCUGACAUCAUUUCUGAAACAGUGUCUGACAGGUUUUAGUCAGGUUAUAAGGUGUAAAACAGAAAUUGUGCCUUACAUCUGUCUAUUAUGUCAAAUUAUAGCUCAAUACUAAAAUAAACUGAGGGUAAACCCGUUAGUGCUUUACUUUCGAUUAUUUUGGGGACCAAGGUAUACAGAGUAAUGAAUUCGGAGAAAACGAAAAGCAACUGCUAACGAAUACAUUAACCCUACUGGAAAGGGCAGUGGAUUAUAUUCGAUUGCGAAAGUAUCGCACCAGUCAAGUGAAGUGACUUAAAAAUGACGAGCAGCGUGUAAAUAUUUAUACCGUACCUUCUGGGCUUGCUUUCUGUCAAUGUUACAUUUUUCCUUCAGAGCAAUUUAUUCCAAAUAAGGAAAUCGUUACCAAGCGUAAUGUCCUCAAAAGAAAUACUGAGGAAUUUGGCAGCGGUAGCUAUCCCAGCAUGCUCCUAGGACUUUCCCUUCUUUCGCUUUUAGGCUUAAACGGAUUGUGAGUAAGGCAUUGAUUUAGAAUAGCAUGUGAA